AUGAGCAUCCCCGUGGCUCCUAAGAAAUCAUGUUUCAGUCAGUUGCAGGACAACAGAAAUGGAUCAAAAAAUAAUAAUGAGAGCAUUCUAAGUCUGGGAGAUACAAAUGCCAAUCAGAUCAUGUUGGAGGUCAGCUCUUCUCAGGAUGAGUCUAAGACAUGUGACCUGACUGAUCAAAUUGGAAAUGCAAAUUCAAGUGGGCUGGAACACCAUGUCCACUUCCAUAAGGAGCCUCACCAACUUCAGGGAUUUAGGAGAGGGUCUCAGUCUGCCUCCACAAGCUUGAAAGAUUUAAAACUUUCUCCUACUUUCCCUAGGGGGCUACAGGAAGAUUGUACCAUGGAGAGAGGCACUGAUAUCUCACAGACUCCUUGGAGUGCCCAGGGGCCAACCCUGUCAAGUUGGAUGAAUAUGACGGGUGAGGCCAGUUCAGAGGUUUUGGCUAAAAAAGACGUUGAAGUUCCCCGGCAUGUUCCAAAGGACAAAUUGGCCAAGACCCUUGACAAUGAAGAGUUGAGAAGGCAUUCUUUGGAAAGUGCAAGCAGCUCUGCAGCUGUGGCUGGGAGCUUGCCUCCACAGCAUCUGCAGCUUGCAAGGCCUAAUGCCCUUGAGCCAUGGGGUCCUGUGCCCAGGGAUGGGGAGGAGCUGCAGAGGACGCUGGCUGACUACUCUUUGGGGACAGCUUUUCCUUCAGCUGACAAUACCUCAGAGAGAAAGAGUGUGCAUCCUCCUAAACCAUCUACCUCAGAAGCCAGGAAGACCACCCCCUCAGAGGCCCAGAUGGAGGGGGCACAUACACUGAAUGUUUGCAAUGAGCACAAGUCACAUCCUGCCCAUUCUGAGCCUGCUCUGAAUUCAACUUUGGUGUCAAAGGAAAUCCUGAGUUAUACUGAAGCACAAUUAGGUCAGAGAAAGGGAGAGCCAAAGCUGGAACUGAAAUAUGUUCAACUCAGGGCUGGGCAGGAGCUAAAGUCAAACCUGGCAGAUGAUCUGGGAUGUCACAAGGAAGAGAGAAUGUCACCCCUAGAGAGAAAGGAGCCAUGUGGGGAAGCACAGCAAGAAGCCACCAGUGCCAUUAGUGGUCCAUCAGACAGCAUCUGCCAUCAUUUUGGUGUUGGCAGAGGUGGCAGUGAGGAUACAGGAGUCAACAAAGGUGUGGAGGAAUCUCUCCAGACCACCCUCAAACAGGUCACUGCUUCCCUGGAAGUGGCUGGUAAUCAGCUAACCUGCAAAAUGUCACAAAGCACAGGAAGUAAAUUGGAUGAAAUGACAUCCAGCGACUUUUUGCCAGGUAACGGCCAUGUAGCCAUUGUUCCUAAUGGCCUGCCUGAGAGCAAGCCCUCAGAUGUCAGUGAGGAAAGAAGGACGCUGGAUAUUGGGAACAGAGAGGGUGCUGUGGUGUUCGUAUCAGAUCCUUCUGUGAGAGACAGGAAAACUGAGGUCCCUGAGUCCCUGGAUCUUCAAAGCAGAAGCUCAGAAGUGGGGGAAAGCAAGGAUACUACAACACCUGUGACUGAACCCAGGAACCUUCGAGAAAAUGCAGCCAAGACUGAUAUUACUCCAUCUAGAGCAGAUUCCUUUCUCAAUACCCCAGCUACCCUCCACCCAGAGAUAACUGUGAACAUGACCCACCAGCCCACACCACCCAGUAGCAUUUUUCAGGAACCUGGUGUGUUCAUUGUGGAUACAGGGUCACCCUCACUGGUCCCACCCUCCACUGACAGUAUGCAGCUGUUGAACACAUCCCCAGAAGUGCCUGACAAGAACAUCUUCCCCAGUGGGAUCCCCAAGCCUUUUGUCACACAUUCCAAGGGCACAACUUCCUUACAGGAAGGAAUGGAGAAACAUCAGGUUGAAAAAAUGGAAGACAGAACAGACACAAAGCCCAUCAUUAUGCCCAAGCCCAAGCACGUGAGGCCCAAGAUCAUCACCUACAUCCGGAGGAAUCCACAGGCCCUGGGCCCAGUGGAUACUUCAUUGGUUUCUGUGGGCCUUCCCUAUGCCCCGCCCACAUGUAGCAUGCCCCUACCCCAGGAAGACAGGGUAGCAAGUGGCGACCUUAAGUCAUCUGCCAACAUCUAUGAGAAAUUCAAGCCGGACUUGCAGAAGCCCAGGGUCUUCAGUUCUGGAUUGAUGGUGUCUGGGAUCAAGCCCCCAGGGCAUCCUUUUAGUCAAAUGAGUGAGAAGUUUUUACAGGAGGUGACAGACCACUCUGGAAAAGAAGAAUUUUGUUCUCCUCCCUAUACACAUUAUGAAGUCCCUCCAACUUUCUAUCGAUCAGCCAUGCUCCUUAAGCCCCAGCUGGGAUUGGGUGCAAUGUCCAGACUACCAUCUGCAAAGAGCAGGAUUCUGAUUGCAAGUCAGCGGUCUUCAGCAAGCACCAUCCAUCCACCAGCACCCAUCACAACAGCGACAAGUCUCUACGCUUCUGAUCCUUCAGAUUUAAAGAAAGCCUCCAGUUCAAAUGCUGCAAAAUCUAAUCUACCCAAAUCUGGGCUUCGUCCUCCUGGAUACUCACGUCUUCCGGCUGCCAAGCUGGCGGCAUUUGGCUUUGUCCGGAGCUCCAGUGUCUCCUCGGUUUCCAGCACUCAAUCUGUGGACAGUGCACAGCCAGAGCAGAACCGGCCGGUCACCCGUUCAACCUUCGGGAGUGAAGAACAGAUAGCUCAGAAGGCAGCUGUGCCUUUUAAGGACACACCUAAGGGGCCCAGCCGGGUGGCCUCUGCAGCAUCCUCCAGUGUGACAACGCCCCGCAGGAGUUUACUUCCAGCACCCAAAUCCACUUCCACACCUGCUGGAAUAAAGAAAGAAGCACAAAAAGAUCAAGAUGCUAGUAAACCUACUGUUUCAUCUCCUAAAAGAAUAGCAACUUCCACCUCCAAGCUUCAUUCACCAGGAUACCCGAAGCAGAGGACUGCAGCUCCUCGAAAUGGGUUUGUGCCCAAGCCUGACCCACAGGCCCGCGAGGCUGAGCGGCAGCUGGUCCAGCGGCUGAAGGACAGAUGUGAGCGACAGGCCCGGCAUCUUAGCCUCAUUCAAGGGGAGCUGAGGAGAGCCAUCUGUGGCUUCGAUGCUGUGGCUGUAUCCAUGCAGUAUUUCUUUGGAAAGAAUGAAAGUGCCCUUGUGAAAGAAAAAGAGCUGUCAAUCGAACUUGCAAACAUCAGGGAUGAAGUUGCCUUCAACACAGCCAAGUGUGAGAAGCUGCAGAAGGAGAAGGAGGACCUGGAGCGGCGGUUUGAGGAGGAGCUGAGGAGGAUGGGCUGGCAGCAGCAGGCCGAACUCCAGGAGCUACAAGAGCGGCUACAGCUACAGUUUGAGGCGGAGAUGGCCCGCCUGCAGGAGGAGCACCACGGUCAGCUGCUGCGGAUUCGGUGCCAGCACCAGGAACAGGUUGAAGAUAUCACCACCAGCCAUGAGGCUGCAUUCCUGGAGAUGGAGAAUAACCACACGGUUGCCAUUGCGAUCCUGCAGGAUGACCAUGACCACAAAGUUCAAGAAUUGGUGUCUGCUCAUGAACUUGAAAAGAAAGAAUUGGAAGAAAAUUUUGAAAAACUGCGACUGUCAUUACAGGACCAGGUGGACACACUGACCUUCCAGAGCCAGUCUCUGCGGGACCGAGCGCGGCGCUUUGAGGAGGCUUUGAGGAAAAACACAGAAGAGCAGCUGGAGGUUGCACUGGCUCCUUAUCAGCACUUGGAAGAAGACAUGAAGAGUUUGAAGCAAGUGUUAGAGAUGAAGAAUCAGCAAAUACACCAGCAGGAAAAGAAGAUUAUUGAGCUAGAAAAGCUGGCUGAAAAGAACAUUAUCCUGGAAGAAAGGAUCCAAGUCCUCCAGCAGCAAAAUGAAGACCUCAAAGCAAGGAUUGAUCAGAACACAGUUGUCACCAGACAGCUGUCAGAGGAAAACGCUAAUCUCCAGGAAUACGUGGAAAAAGAAACCCAGGAGAAGAAGAGAUUGAGCAGAACCAACGAAGAGCUGCUUUGGAAGCUUCAAACGGGGGACCCAACGAGUCCUAUUAAACUCUCCCCCACCUCCCCAGUUUACCGAGGCUCCUCGUCCGGGCCCUCCUCUCCGGCCAGAGUCAGCACGAUGCCUAGAUGACGUCACCACGCAGUCUGCGGGCGCUCCGGCUUCUGUCCACCCAGGGAGUGCUGACCAGGUGCUGGCAGGUGCCGGCCGGCCACCCUGUGUGCAUGCUCAGUAGCUGCAUAUUGUAUCCUCUUCUGACCCCUGUGUAGACUGACCCGGUACUGGCACUUAGGAAGGUGUAAACAGUAAUCUGACGUGCAGAAACGUUUUACCAUAGUUAGAGCCAAAAGAAAGACAAUUCCAGUUGUUCUUGAAUGAUGAACUUACACUGCAGCAUUUCAGGUUAGUUACAAAUAGCUCAGUUUUGAAUAUACAUUGAGUAAUCAUUGUGUACUGCACCGAUAUGUGUAUAUAUUUAGAUAUACAUAUAUACACAUGCGGCAGUUCUGAAUUGCAUUUUUUAUAAUGUGAUGUGCUGACAUAUUUUAGUGAAGAUCAGCAGUUUUCUAACUUGUGCCUAAGAAUUAUUGGGAAAUGAAAAUGCAUUUCUAUCUAACUUCCUAGGAAUAUUUCUACCCAAAAUAGAAAAAGGAAAAAAAAAUCCAGAUAGAGAAGCGCCUUUCAACCUGCCACCAAGUGGUACUCUGUUUAACACAAACACCAGCGAUUUGUGGACGGUAACUGCCUUUGGAACAAUCAGCUUCUUAGUCAACAUGACGUGAGGUCAUUAUCACUCCAUUCACAAGAUUUAAUUAUGAAUCCUUCUGUCGCGACUGUAAGGAUAGAAGUGGGAAACCCUAGGGGGUUGAGCAGUUUUUCUGAAUGUUACUCACGAUAGCGACUCAUCUGUAGUCAUGUAAACACAGCUUUGCUUUUUUUUCUAAAUGUCAUCUUGGAAUCAGUCGCUGAGGUAUUUUUGUACCCUUGGGAAAAUGUAGACAAGCAUGACCUUUUGGAGUGAGGAUGAGGAUGACUUUGGAGAUGACCAAGACCAUCAUGUUCUAUCCUCAUGAAGGGGAACUGCCGAUAAGGUACAUAUUUGACCAGGUACAGAGUUAGACAGUAUCCAGCAUUAUUCCAUUUGGUUUGCUCUGAUAUGAUGUUGUGCAUGGUCAACUCAUUGAAAUGUGACCCUCAGGCCCAUAUUUCAUAGGCAACUCCCUUUCAAUUCUGUUGUACAACUCAACCCCACCACUGCAUAUGGAGAUGGCUCAGGGGUUUUGGCAGGGACUUCCAGAAAGCCAGCCUUUCUGUCCUGGGGAACCAGUUCUGAAAAGUGCUAGGUCAUCACACAGCCUCUCAGAAACUCAGUCAUACUUUCUGCUGAAUGAUCAAGGAACAUCUUAGCCCUAGGAGGUUCUCCCAAACAGAGGAGCUGAUGGAGCAGCCAGCCAGCUGUCAUGAGCUACUGGACUGGCAUUUGUCUCUGAAAUGGUAAAAUUAGAAUGUGAAAGGUAUUUAUUUAGUGCUGUGCAAGACUAGGAGCAUGUUACACAAAAGAAGUAGUUUUAACAGUCAAUGGGGUGAGGAUAAUAAUGUCUUUGUUUCCUGUAUGUGACAAAGACCCCUGCACUUUUCUCCCUAAGACCUCUGAAAAUCUUCUGAGCACAGGCCAGUCUUUGAGCAUGUCCAAGGCAAGAAAACCCAUGGAGCCUGAAGAAAUGGCCCAUGGAAGGGGUUGGCUUGCCUAAAGUUACAAGUGUGGUGACACAGAGGCAGAUGUGGCCUGUGCUCCUCAUGUAACUUGAAGUUGAUCUUCCUGGCCUCAGAUACACCUUAUUUCUAGCAAAACUCCAAGGGUCUUGCUCAUCCUGGAGACAUGCCCAGUAGAUACACAUUGAAGAAACAAUUAUUUUCCUUUAGUGGCCCUGCAUGAUACUGUGAUAAUGCGCUGGGCAUUCUCUUAGAGUAGUUCAGGCCACAUCAACUAAAUACACAAUACUUUAUUCUUCUAGCAGGUACAACCUGCAAACACAAGUUUGGUUGUAGCUUAGCUCUCUGAAUUAGGACUGCUUCUAUAACCGUGCCUGCUAAAUGCAGUUACACAGCAAUACAGACUUCAGUGUGAUGUUAGAAUGUGGUACAGUGUGUUAGGGUGUUGCGGUCAAAAUUGUAGUGACGUUAGAACUAAGUAAUCCCUCAUUAGGUGGACUAGAGCCUUGCCCUGACUGGCCCUGACCUUGGGCACUUGAGCUACUUUCCAUGUGGACCUGACUUUGAUUUUUUCAUCACGAACACCCAUCAUGUAUGGCUCCCUGUCUAAGUCAUUACUGCUCCCAAAUCACAGGUGAUGGUAGUUGCUGCACCUCCUCCUCAAUACUUCUACCCCUCACUCUUAGCAUCUUGACCUCUCUCAACGUAGAAAUCCACCUGUAUCUCAGGCUGGCGCACUGUAUCGUCUAUAAAUGCUGCAGCCUCCCCGCCUGCUUCAGACAGACCCAGCAAACAGCACCAGUGUCUUCGUGCCCUUGGGAGACCUGGGCUGGCCAGUCCCCACCCUCUGCUUGCCACAGGCUGGCCCGAGGCUCUGGCUGGAUGUCAGAAUGGGUGGGAUGAGGGGGGCUGGCACUCUCUGGGAUUAAUGGGAUGAGUUCACAACGUUCCUUUUCCUGCCCCUCCAGUUUCUGUGUUGCAUAUUUGUAUUUAACUCUGAAACCUAUUAAAAUGAACUUGAGGGACUUUCUGUGAUAUCAA